AUGUCACUAAUUCCAUAUCUGUUCGACGAUUUUCCAUUCGGACGACCUCGUCGAUUACUGGAUCAGCAUUUCGGUUUGGGAUUGACUCCUGAUGAUCUACUGACCGUUGCCGCUGGACCUCUCGCUUCUCGUGAAUACUACCGACCGUGGCGACACCUUGCGGCUGCAGCGCGCGAUCUGGGCUCUAGUAUUAAAUCCGAUCCAAAUAACUUCCAAAUCAGCCUCGACGUCCAACAUUUCUCACCGGAUGAGAUCAGUGUAAAAACCGCCGACGGUUUCGUCGUAAUUGAAGGUAAACAUGAAGAGAAACAGGACCAACACGGCUACGUUUCCCGCCAUUUUGUAAGAAGAUACGCCCUUCCAGAAGGUUCGUUACCUGAAACUGUGGAAUCCAAGCUAUCUUCUGAUGGAGUACUAACCAUUACGGCUCCAAGGAAGGUUCCAGAUGCUAUUAAGGGUGAGCGUAAAGUUCCUAUAACCCAAACCGGACCCGUCAGGAAGGAUAUAAAAGAUCAAAGCGAAGGAACAAAUGAUAAAGCCCAGUGA